GCAACCUUAUUAUCAGAUGAUGCUAUCAAAGAAAUUAGAGAAUCCAGAGGUAGAAUAUCCAAUGCAUCAAAAAAAAUGGCUGAUAAAUUCCAUAUCGGACCUAAACGUGUUUAUGAAAUAUGGAAUAAUAAAGAACGCCUCCAGCAAAGAGCUAUUCUAUCUCAGCCUGUAAACGAAUCAAUUCUGCCCGAGAUGGCCCCCUUUUUUCUUGUGAGCUCAAAAAAAGAAAAUUUGGUUAACGAAUUAAUUCUGCCUUCGUGUGAUUUAUCACGAGAAG